AUGGCUGUCCGAUCGGCAUUUGAUCCCAAGGACAUGAUCUUCCGCCACCUCGGCCCUACAGGUCUGAAGGUCUCCGUCUUUUCGCUGGGCGGCUGGCUCACCUAUGGUGGUACACAAAAGGGCAACAUUGUCAAGGAAUGUCUGCAGACCGCUUGGGACCAUGGCAUCAACUUCUUCGACACCGCUGAGGUAUAUGCCAAUGGACAGUCGGAAAUCGAAAUGGGCAAUGCCCUGAAGGAACUCGAUUGGCCGCGCGACGAGUACGUCCUUUCGACCAAGGUCUUCUUUGGCACAGGCCGGAAGGAACCCAACACCCGAGGUCUCUCUCGCAAACAUGUGGUUGAAGGCCUCAAGAGCUCCCUGCAGCGCCUUCAGCAGCCAUACGUCGACAUUGUCUUUGCCCAUCGACCGGACUACGCCACGCCGAUGAAGGAGAUUGUCGAAGGCUUCACCCAAGUCAUCCGCAACCUCAACCUGGCUUACUACUGGGGUACUUCUGAAUGGAGUGCUGCUCAGAUCACGGAGGCCACUUUGAUUGCCGAGAAGUACAAUCUGAUUGCUCCGAUAGCCGAGCAACCGCAAUACAAUGCCUUCCACCGCGAGCGGUUCGAAGUCGAAUAUGCUCCGCUGUACAAGGAAUACAAGUACGGCACGACCAUCUGGUCACCCCUGGCUUCUGGUCUGUUGACCGGAAAGUACAACGACGGCAUCCCCGAGGGCUCCCGUCUGGCCAACCACAAGGACUUUUUCGGUAGUACUAUCGAAGCUCUACAGAAGCCUGAAGGCAAAGCCAAGAUUGAGAAGGUCCGCAAGUUGACCACGAUUGCUGAACGCUUGGGGGCCAACACGUCGCAACUGGCCUUGGCUUGGGCUGCAAAGAACCCCAACGUCAGCACGGUCAUUCUCGGAGCCACCAAGGUCGAGCAGAUCAUCGAUAACUGCAAGGCAUUGAAGUUGUUGGAAAAGCUGGAUGACAAGACGAUGCAGGAGAUUGAGGAGAUUUUGGACAAUAAGCCAUCGCCUCCACCGGAUUUUGGAAGAUCGAGGUAG